AUGACACCCGUGGAUGACACCUUCCACCUCGACGGGUACCCCGACACGUCCUUCGACGCCUUCGUCGACCCCAACUCGUACUUUGAAUCUGACGCCUGCACCGAGGGGCUGGACCCCAUGGCAGAGUCGACCGCGCAAGUCGCCGAGACCAGCACCACGCUAGGUGGUCUACCAACCACCCAAGUCUCUGAUUUCGCUUCUUUAUUCGGAGAUGACCAAGAUAUUUCAACGCCUCCGGUCUCAACACAGAAGCAGCAGGGCCCUGCCGCUGGCGCACACAACCUCCCCCUCGUACUGCCAAGUAUUGAACCAGGACAGUCCGAAGGAGACGACCUCGAGACACUCUUCGCCGAGCUGUCCGGCCCCAUAGCCGACGCCCUCCAACUCCCAACCGCGGCCCCGACGCCCGUGCCCACCUGCGACUCGCUUGCCCUCCCCACCACCUCGUGGCCCUCGGACACGGUUGACGCCACACUCACACGGGUUCCAGGGGUUGACGCAGCAGAGCUGGAUCUCUUUGCCUCUCAGCCUCCCAUGGACGGCAUCUGCGACACCUUGGAUACCUUGAACCCCUUUGGCACCUUUUCUGAGAUCAAGCAGGACUUGACCUCUUCGACGGGUUUCUUUUACCCAUCCCCCCAGGGCACCGAGGUUUUGCCCACGCUGCCAACGCAACCGCAAUCGACCGAGUAUCUCGACUCCUUGUUCCCCGAUAUAGCAUCCGCCCCUGCCGGCGGGGUCCCUUUCACGUACGAUGAGAACUCGGUAGAUCUCCUUUGUUCCCUCCCUUCAGUCGCAUCCUUGACCGCUCCGCAGUCCGUUCCUCCCCGUAGCGUCCCCGUCGUCGCGGCGGCCGCCGCUAGCAGCACGGCCAAGCUCGUGCACCCCAAGCCGAGGUCGCCCAACUCUGUCAGCUUCAUCCAUAGGCGCAGUGAGUCCUUGACGGAUACCUACCCCUCCAGCAUCCUCGACGGCCGGGGCCUUAUUCAUGUCCCCGCCGCCUCGGCGUCUUACCUGACUCCAGCUCACACCCCGGCAAGAGACCUGACCACGCCGGUCGUGGACGGCAAGGUCCUCAAGCGCAUCCCUAAGCCGGCCAAGGCCAAGGACGUGGAUGCUUCCGAUUGGUAUGAUGCUCUCCCCGAGGCGCCGGCGGCAUGGGGAGGUUGUGACCCGAAGAACCCCAUGUUCCAUUACAACAGGGAGGGCGAGCUACUGCCGAACCUACGAUUCUCGAGAGAGCAGAUUCUCUACUACCUCGAGGGGCGUAAGGAGCAGGGUCUCCCGUUAACGCUCUGGAUCCAGAACGUCCCCCACGGAUGUAAGACGCGCGUCGGGGACGAUAGGCUGCGCGCGUGCCGCUGGUCGGAGUGUCCGGCCUACAAGGGCACCAUUCUCAAGGGGUUUUGGCGAGUCUGCUUCGACGAGCGGCCCGCCACGUCGGGCAAGCAGCACGACCCGUACCACAAUGCGGGCUACAUGCACCUGUGGUGUCUGGACCGCUGCUUCGACCUCUUUGAGAUCGCCCACGCCUUCGACCUGAGGCCCGACACGCGAUACUUUGAAAAGGAGGAGCGCAACCCCAUGGCCAUGACGCGUGACCACGACGAGCUGGUGAUGGAGUUCGAGAAGUGGCGCACGUCUCAGAAGGCGGCCUACGGGGAAUGGCAGAGGCUGUGCGAAAUAAACAAGAUGCUAGGCCUCCCUAUCGAGAACCGCUUGGUCGACAAGGAGGCCAAGCUGUGGAACGUGCUGACAACCGGGCAUCUGGCCCUGGAGACGCCCGUGCGAAGCAGCAUGCGGAAGAAGCGGAACGGCAUUUCUAUUGAUAAGCACAAGGGGGAUCUCGGGUGGUACGUUGAAAAGGUUAACGAGAAGAAGGUUGCCAAGAAGGGGGCCGCCAACUACGAGGAGGUUGACACGGAGGAUGAGGAUGGGCCCGAGACUCAAGUGAGCAGGCUGCGCGCCUCGAGCAACAUGAAGAGAAAAUCAGAGGACCGGGAGUUUGAUAAUGAAGACGGCGGCUCUCAUCGCCAAGCGACCUGCGGCAGCAAGCGUCCCCGACGUUCCUGUCGUUUGGGCACGAUGCAGUGA